AUGUUGCCCAACUUCAGCAGCCCCGAGGAGGCCGUGGUGUGGAUGGAGAGCCUCUGCCGCGCCUUCCCGACGAACCCCAAGGAGGCCGAGGUGGCCCUCACCGAGCUGCACCGGUCGGACCACGCCGCGGAGGUGUCUAAGAUCAUACUUGAGCGAUCUCAGAUGCCCAUGGCGCAGUUCCACGCGCUGCUGGCCCUGCAGGAGGCGGUGCUGGCCCGGUGGGACUCGGUGCCUCCGGCGGACCGACGGGCUUUGAAGGGCUACCUGUGGGAGUUCCUCUGCCGCGAGUGGGCCAGGCUGGAGCGGUCGGUGGUCUCGCAAGCGCUGCGCACGUUUUGCGUUUUCUGGAGGCGUGGCUGGUCCGCCGAGACGGAGGAAGCGAAGCUGUCGCUGUUUGCGCUGCUGCAGCAGGGGGCCUCCGAGGGGGGCGCCGCGGCACUGCGAAGCGCCAAGGCCCUGUUCUCCCUGGUGUCCGAGUUCAGCUCAACGCGGGCCACCGCCCUCGGGCUCCCUUUGGAGUUCUUCCGCGCCACACACGCGGCCUUCAACAAGCUCGGGUUAGAUCAGAGCCUGGCGCUCUCGAUGGAGCUCCUGGGAGAGACGGUUAAGGCCGUAGCUACGCCGGAAGCCCUGUCGGAUACGUCGGUGCUGGAGCUGGUGACGACGGUCGUUAACGUGUGCGCGGAGGUGCUGUCGUGGGAGUUCAAGUACGUGGAGGCGUGGCAGAUACCGCCGGCGCAGCAGCUCAUCCGGCCGGGGCCUCGGUGGCGGGCGUACCUGGUCCGGCCGGACUUUCUCGGAGCCGUGUUCAACGUCUACCAUCGGGUCCGUCUUCGCGGUACCGCCGGCCCCGGUGGCACCCUGCCCCACGCCCUGCGGCAGCUGCUGCUGCAGCUGUCCUCGGUGCACGGGGACAUUUUCGAGAACGACGACCAGCGUAAGGCCUACGCGUCUUUCCUCGUGGAGGGAGCCGCCGCCGUCCUCGCAGCACCCUUUUCGUCCGCGGGCGUUCGUCAAGAGGGGGUGCAUCAAGGGGCGGCGGAAGCUGCGGCGGAGGAGGCACAGGCGGACGAGUACAUCGGUAUCGCCAGCAUGGCGGUGCGGCUCGUGUCCAACUUCAAGCUCUCUACCCUUGGCCAGCUAGACUCCUUUGCGGCGUUCGCGCAGCACCUAGCCGCUCUGAGCUCGAGGAUGCUGCACGAGUCGAAGGCCCUCGCCGGACGAGAUGACGAUGAGGACGUCGGGUGGAGGAGGGAGACGUUCGCCCUCCUGCUGGAGGCGUGGGUGGCGAUGGCGGAGGACUUCGAGGUUACUGGCGGGGAGAAUCAGGGCAUGAGGAAGGGCAUGCAGGAUGCCACCUUCCCGCUGUACGAGCAGUACCUCGAGCACGAGCUGACGGUCAGUCGUGUCGAGGCGGAGGCAAGCGUGGGGCACGAAGAGGACGACGAAGAGGAGGAGAUCGGGGCCGCGGACAAGGACGAGCAGAUGUGCUCCGCCGCCUGCCUGGGCCGGCUGAGCCUAGCCCGCGCCCUCGCCGCCGUCGAUGUCCAGGUGAGGGGAGUGUCGGAAGUCCUGUCGAGGCUUCUCGAAACGGGUGCGGUGAACGGACAGCCCGGGCUGCUCCCCGGCGGUCAGGAGCUGUCGCCGGCAGCCACGGGCGUGAUGGAGCAGGCGAGGACGGCGGUGGUUCUCGCUGCCCACCUCAUCGCCGAUAAGGAUGAUAGCAUGGUGCCCGAGAGGCUGCACGCUGUUCUUUUGGUGGACGAUCACGCGGCAGAACUACUCGUGAGCCUGGUGCACAGCCUCCUUAACUUACUCGAGCUGCACGUCACUCUUCUCGAGAGAGGGGCGCAGCAGCAGCAGCAGGGUGCGGGUGGAGGGGGGGGGUGCUCGUCAUCGAGUCCUCUGCUGAGCCCCUACCUCGGGGGCGCCUUGCUGUGGUGCCUCACGCGAUGGGCUAGCGGGUACCUGUUCGCGGACUUGAGCCUGUAUGAGGGAGGUUUUAGUUACCGCCUCACGCAAGCCUUCGGGUCGUCCGGGCCAGAGCCGGCGCUGUCGAACCCUCCAGGAAGCGCGGCCCCCGCCGCCGCAGCUCCUCUUGCGGGUGGAGCGGGAGCGGGGACGGGGGGUGCCGAUGUGGCGGGGGCGUUGCUCCGGGCGAGCUGGAUGUGUCUGUGCGCGUGGCCCUCUCAGCCGGACGUCUGCGUUAACGCCCUCGACUUGAUGGGGGUGCUUGUGUCGAGAACGAAAGCGCCCUCGACGACUAGCCUCCCGCUGUGGUGGGAGAUCGUUGCGGCGUACGACGGGGGUCGACAGGCCGCCGGCGCCGGCGCCGCCGGGGCGGGAGCGGGGGGGGCAGGGCGAGAUCAGGGGUUCCGCCGAUUGUCGGUGGAUUUGCAGGGGCUGCUGGUGCAAAGACUGUGCGAGGGAGUUCUAAACCGUUCGGCGUUGCCGUCGGAGGGGGCCUCGGCCAAAGAGGGCUUCGAGAAGGUCGUCGGACCGGUCUGGGAACGGUUCCGAGGACUGCUACACGCCGUCGGGGGACUCAGCGGGGUGAGAGGAUUGACCAAGAACACGUUUUUUGGGGUCAUCGGUGUUCAAGAUUUUUGGAAUUGCGUGUAG